AUGUCAGGAAAUCAGGCACGACUUAGACAGGGUAGGGAGACCCAAAUGACAUCGGCUCGACACGAGCGUGUUGCACAGUUAGUAGCGACACGAGGACGGGGUCGAGUACGAGUACUCGUCCAAAUGGAUGAGGCGCGAACAGGUUCCUCAUCUGGAUUGAGGAGUAGGCUGCCUCAAGUGUCUUCUUCGCGUGAGGUUGACGAGGAUGUGGUGGAAGAACAUCAGGAGGAGGUGAAGGCGCCUGAGGAGGAGGGUGUACGCAGGGAGGAGGCUCAGGGUGAUGAGGAUGAGGGCUACCCGGGAGGGCCUUCGGACACAUCUCGAUUGAUAUGGUACCAUGAGCACGUCGCUCGACGUGUUUGGGAGGGAGAGAGGGCGGCCAUAAAAUCUGUUAACCAUGCGCGGAAAAUAUUUGAUAUCGAGAUACCGGAGGCUCAGUGGUUUAGCGAUGUCGUAGUUGUCUCCGGUCUUAGCGGGUUAUACAUGAUCGGAUAUGGUAGUGUUAGCCACAGAAUGUUGGGGGCAUUCUUCAAAAGGUGGCACAAGGAGACAUCGUCUUUCCCCCUUCCUGUUAGGGAGUUGACGAUCACCUUCUACGACGUCGCCUUUCUGCUCCACCUACCGAUCAGAGGGAGGCUGCUGGACCAUUCUCACAUACAGUGGAUUGAGGCCAUCGAGUGGAUGGUGGAUUUUCUAGGCAUGGACCCAUUUAUGGCCGAGAGGGAGUGCCAAGCAACGAGUGGGGAACUUAUCCGGUUCUCCAACCUAAGAGAGUUGUACGAGGACCAUUUGGUGGCGGCAGCUGAGGUUGAGGAGGAGGGUGACGCUUUUUAUGUUGAGUACCACCGAUGCAUCACUUUACGGUGUUGGUUUAUGUUCUUGGUUGGCACGAUGCUUUUUGUGGACAAAAGUGCCAACUAUGUGGACAUGACCUACCUCCGGUACUUUAUAGAUUUGAGUCGAGUGCAGGAGUGGAACUGGGGAGGCACUAUUCUGGGAUGGAUCAUCUCAUACUUCUACCGCAUCCACGGCUACGAAAUUAAUCCUGUGUACACUGACGCUAUGCCUAGGGCCGCACGAUACAUCCUCCAAAGGGGGAAUAAUAAGGUGGGCCCAUAUCGCGUGUACCUCAACCACAUUGUUCACGAUGACAUCCAGUGGACGCCCUUCAUUGGUUACGGUGAUGUUAUCCCCUUCGACCGCAUCAGAUUAUAUUUCGGAUGGUUGCCAUCUAGGUCCAACACCAUGGUCAAAUACUUGCCGGAGCAGUGCAUGCGACAGUUUGGGCAUGUGCAGAUGAUUCUGAAAUCGCCAUUCCAUGUUGCUCCGGACACCGUUACUAGUCGAGAGAUCGCUGCUAUAUUUGAGGAUUGGGCGCAUCAUUUAGUUCUGAAGGAGUAUCGGAGUAUGGUGGCCACCAAGAGAUGGCACUGCGUGGAUGGUUAUGUGACAUGGUUUUAUCGGGUGUCACAUCCUUUGGUGACACCCGAUGCUCCUGGAGAUCCACCUAGGCCAUCACAUGAGGAGAUCUUGGAGAACCGGCAGGCCGAGGAUGACCAAGCCACUGAUAUCCUACCGGUAUGCCAGCGGAUAUAG